AUGGGCUGUGGAGCAUCGAAAGAAAGCCCGCAGUCCGCAGCCAUAGAUCCAUCCCCGAUCGGUGACAGGAAGAAGGGCGCGAUUGCGACAGUGGACGGCGAGUGCUCGGAUCUCCGCGGUAAUGGCGGCGACGAUUUCGACUGCGACCCCGGGGACGAUUCGUCCGCCGCGGCUAGGGCUUCCAAGGCGGUGAGCUUGAUCGUCAGGACGUGCUCCCCGGAGCGGCAAUCUAGCCCGCCGCGGCAGGAAGAGGAGGAGGAAGCGCGGGGCCAGAGCGACGAGGAGGAGGAGGAGGAUGAGGGGAAUCAGGGAAUACUGAAAGCCGAGAGGGAGAAAGAGGAUCAUCACGGCGAUCUGGAGGAGGAUGGGAGUUCCGAGACGAUUGUGUCGCCGUCGAAGUCCCCGGAUCUGGCAGCGCUGGACGUGACAGAGAAGGAAUGCUGCGGCCAGGGUGUGGAUGAUAUUCUGCCAAAGGCCGCGGCGGCGGCGCUGGAAGCGAUCGUCAAGAGCGCCGAGGAUGACGUCCAGGCCAUGAAAGUCGUCGCGGCCGUGGCUGCGGUGGGGGACAUUCUCUUCGGUGGCAAGGAGGAGACCGAGACGAAGAUCGAGAAGUGCCAAACGAUCGUCAAAACUCUUGCCGAGGUGGAUGCCAAUACGAUCAAUGGAUUUUUGAAGCCGGAUCAACAAAACUUUCGUUUUCCAGGUGCUGAGAACUCAGCCCUGCCAUGAACAAGACUUCCAGCUAACAAUCAACCCGACGAGAUCGUCGAUGAGCACAGCGAGAACGAGAACGAGAACAUCGACAGCAAUUCCCCAAAGAGCAGCUUCCUCUUCGACUACUGCCAGAAGCUAAACAACUACAGGAUUUCGCCGCCGUCUACAGCGUCGGCCUCGUCCUCCGAGGCCGACACACUGUCCAUGGUCCAGGAUUUCCUGGAGGAAAUCGACCUCACCAAGGAUUACGUGGAGCUCCCGCCCACGCCUAAAGUUUCCUCAAAGUCCAAGAACAGCAGCAAGAUAAAGCAACUCACUUUCUCAGAUGCUGUGAUAUGACAUCAGAACCAGUGCCAUUUCUCAAUAUUUUCAAUCUUAUGAGUUGAAUGCACUGGCAAUUCUAAAAAUAAUUCAUUUUUCAAUUAAAAA